UGUCGGACGGAACAGAUUACGACUCGUUUGCGAGGUUGUUGGGGCUCUAAUUCCGGGUCCCGAGAGGGGGGUCGCAGUAGCAGAGGCACGCUGCCGCCCAACUCGGAGUCUGGCUGAGGGGUUGGGGUCAGGACAAUGAGUUUGGUCUCGAGAGCGGAGCUUGCUGCUGAAAAAACUAAGAGAAAGAAGAGAAGAGAAUUAACUGAAGAACAGAAGCAAGAAAUAAAAGAUGCUUUUGAGUUAUUUGACACAGAUAAAGAUAAAGCUAUAGAUUAUCAUGAGCUAAAGGUGGCAAUGAGAGCCUUAGGUUUUGAUGUUAAAAAGGCAGAUGUGUUGAAGAUACUUAAAGAUUAUGAUCGGGCAGGAACUGGGAAAAUCACCUUUGAAGAUUUUAAUGAAGUUGUGACAGACUGGAUACUUGACAGAGAUCCACACGAAGAGAUACUCAAAGCAUUUAAAUUGUUUGAUGAUGAUGAUUCAGGUAAAAUAAGCUUGAGAAACUUGCGUCGAGUAGCCAGAGAACUUGGGGAAAACAUGACUGAUGAAGAACUUCGGGCUAUGAUUGAAGAAUUCGAUAAAGAUGGUGAUGGAGAAAUCAACCAGGAGGAGUUCAUUGCUAUCAUGACUGGAGAUGUUUAACAGUGUAAGAAAAGAACUGAAUCUAGCACAAAAAUAAAGGAUUAUCGGGUUUCAGCACUGAAGCUGCCACCUUUUCAUUUUAAUUAAUUUCUGUACCAGGAGCCAUGCAAAAAAUAAUUUUCCUCAAAGGACCAAAAG